GCUAUUUAAAACAUUCUCACACAAAUUAUACGAGUCUUUAUUUCAUUAAAUGCGACGGAUUUUCAGCUUGAUGGAAAUUCUUUGAAAAGAGCAUCAGAAAAAACGCAGUGCAAAAAAACAUCAUUCUCAUCAUCAAAGAUUUGAAGAACAGCAACUUGGAGACAUCACAUUACCGCACGGAUAUGAAGUUAAUGCACAAACAAACACUUGAAAUUUGAAGGAAGGUGUUCAGUACAUCAUCACAAAUUCCAUAGAAGCAAAAAAGAAUAAGAUGAUUUAUUUAAUAAUUUAAUUAAUUAAUUCCAGCCAAAACAUUUGAAAACUACUAAAUGAACAAAAUAAAUAAAUAAACCAGCGGAGUUAAUAAACAAACUACAAAACUGCACCAACAACUGGAGAGGAGCUAACAAGCAGAAUGUUAAAUGAUCUGGAAGACAGCAAAGAUAUAAUAGAAACAGAUCUCAUCAAAGAAGCAGUUCUGCAAAUUUUCGAAUCAACACCACAACACUUCAAUGACUUAAGCGAUGAACUUGAUCAAGCUAGCGGCAGCAAUCACGGCCAAUCAACCAACGUAGUCGAUCGACAAACGACGGACUGCAAAACGCCACUCAUUUUCUAUCCGCUGCAAACACAAAAAGAGGCUCGACAUUUGGUUACAUGUUUGCAGAAGCACAACAUAUGGACAGAGCAGUUGUGCCGGCUGACCAACCAAUCCAUACACAACUUCUUUCAAUGGAAGAGUGGCAAGGGGAGGCCAUGGAUUGGAAUAAGGUUAAUGGCAGUGAUCAAUGACAUCAUUGAGUCAAUAUUUGAAGAAGUGAGCACCGAUGACGUCGUCCAGUUUGAAUCCCAAACAGCUCAAGAUGAAUGUAGAAAAGAGGAAACAAUAAAAAAUGGAAAUUGUAAUAGAAAAAAAAUUUCUAUAAGAAAAGUUCAUAAACGAAGAAGUCAGAUGAAAAUUAGUAAAGAGGAAGAAUUAAAACAGCCACUGAUUUAUAAUGAAUCAAAGAUCGCCACACAAGCGACUGUUUACAAUGAAAUGCCUGGAAAUAGAACAUCAACAAAUGAAGAAAAAUUACUUUCGUCACAUCAAACAUUCACUAAAAAUAACGAUGUAAAAAAAGAAAAUGCGCCAGUAAAUGAGAACAUAACAGCAAAACUUUACGUCCCAGUUAAAUUAUCUCAAGAAAAUGAAAUAAAAACAACAAAAAUAUCAUUUCCUUCAGCACUGCUCAUACAGAACUGUGACAAAAUAACAUCAACUGAUCGGGCAUCUGAAGGACUAACAAGUAAGAAGAAGAUAGCCGAUGAGACUUGCAGAAACAACAAACCACAAUUGAUAGGCGGUGAUACAGGUGAAAUCAACUUUAACAAAUUAACAAAGCCUCACACUUGCGAAGACAGAACGGACACUUCUAAUAAUUCUAGUUUCAAAAAAGAAGCAGGUGAUGAAGAGUUUAUACGUGAUGACUUUCAAAAAGAUGGAUGCAAAAUCAAACAAGAAGACACCAAUGAAAAAGUUGAUGUGGGAUGUAGAGACAUAAUCACUAGCCCAAAUCCCAAUAAAUGUUAUGAAGAUGAUCAGACAACAUAUUUCAGUCAAAUAUCUAAAAAGGAAGAAGAAUGUGGCAUAGGUCCCAAUAAAAUCAAAUUCCUCAUCGCUAAAUUCAACAGUUGUGAACCACCUACUAAUGAUUAUAAACUUGCAAGAAGAGCAAUUAACGAGAACAGAGUACAGCCAUUUAGAAGAUUUGUUCUAGGCAACAUAUCACAGAGGUAUGUUGCAAAACCUUCAGCAGAUCAACAAAGCAAAUUAAUAGAUUUUAAAAAUGAAUUUGUUACCUCUAAUGAGUCCAAGGUUAACAACUACAGAAAAAACAUCGAUUUAAGACAAACAAAUGACAAAAAAAAUUUGCCAAUAAGUAAUAAUAACGAACCAACUGCAUUUCAAAGAUUUGUUUCUGGAAAUUUAUCAAUUAGGAGCACACCUGUGACAAGAAGCAACAAAAACGAUUGGGGAGAAGAACGAAAACAACAAGCAACGAUGUACGCUCAACCAGAAAUAAACAAACCAUCCUUAACUCCAAAAAACAAUGAGCAAAUUAUACCAAAUUCAUUUGCAAGUUCAAGCUGCAACACACCGAACUUUAAAAAAUCGUCUUCUACCGACAGAGAACCAAUUAAACUUAAUUCAUUUUUGAGUUCAAAUUUUAUGUCAGAGAGCUGCCAGGAUUUCAUGAGUAACCAGAAGAAACUAAUUGCUCGUCCAAGUCAAGGAUCAUUCAUGGCAGAAGCAGUUGGUCUUCAAGCAUACACUCCAACCAAAGAUAAAACUUGGAGACAUCAAAUAACACAUUCCAUCUCGAACUGCACUCGAAUUAAAUCAUCAAACACUUUCUCCACAGACACAAGAAGACUGUCAUCUGAAAAAAUUCUUGGCAACAAUAACAUCGAGUACACUAGUAACAAUAUUAAAAAUGCCAACAUCAACAAAAAUAACAACGUUGAUAGCAAGUCUUACAAAUUUAUGAACAAGCCUUUGUCAUGGUCAAUGAAUGAGCACAAGAUAUCAUCAUCUGAUGGAAACAAAUUAACACAGCCUACAAAUAAAACCACUCAAAGUGACGAAGCUCCAAGUAACAAAAAUCAUUUCGUAACAAGACACAAUGAAGAUUAUCAAAAAAGCCUCCAUAUUCAUAACAGACACAGUUGUGGCAACUCCCAAGUUAGUGAAAUAACGAAACCUCCCAUUACGGCGAACAAACAAGCUGAAACGAUUUCAGCAAAUAAAAAAAAUAUAAAUUUCACCCAGAAUUCACACAUUAACAAAAACAACAGCAGAGAGAUGUAUGCUAAUAAUUACAAUGAGCCUAAUAAACACAGAUCCCAAAACAAGGACAGCAUCAAAUAUGCAUCAUAUACUCCAUCCAUCAGAACAAAUAAUGUCAAUGCCAAAAGGCUACACGAUAGCAACGAAAAAACCAACUUGAAAAAAACUCAUUCUCAGAAAGUAAAUGACUUAAUAAGAAAAUUCAACAAUUUCAAAAGUGAAUUCAUGUUUGAAAGCAGUGCACUGAAGUGGAACAUUUAAACUAGAACUCCUCCUACAAGUGCCCACUAAAAAAAAAACAACGAUUGCAGCUACAUGUCAAGGUUUAAAAAAACUACGUACAUGUUGCGAAAGAUGGCAUCAGUGUAUUAGAGGCUUGAUCACCCAAUUAUCAUUAUUAGCAAGUAUUUUUUAAAGUAAAAAUAAACACUUGAAUUUUAAAAAUUUUAAAAAAAAUUUACGCCAUAAGAAAAAAAUCAAUCCUGAUUACGAUUAAUAUAAUUUAUGUGAAUGUUCUCAAAGUACAAACCUAUUGUACAAACCAACAUUUGUUUGCUAUUGAUCAUAAUCACAUGGGUUAAAAUUUAAGAAAACUUUCGGCCAAAAAUUCUUUCCAUUAAUUAUUAUUUUGCUACAUGAAUAUGUUUUUCAACGUUUAUUGAGAAAAUAUUUCUACUUUCAUAUUUAAAUCCUUCAUGUUUUUAUAAAUUAUUUAAACGAAUUGAU